AUGCUGACUGAAUUUACAUCCUUCUUUGAUAAUCUCGAGGUUCUCUAUAAAAUCAAACAUAUAUGGUCAAAGUUUCAGCAGCAGAUAUAUGAAGUAAUGUAAAUAUGUAAACAAUCUAGAAUGAUUCAAUUAUCUUUGAAUCCGUCUGUCAUAAAAUAAGCAGAAAAAAGAGAAAGCUUAAACCAAUUUCGAUCCAAUUAGGCUAAGAAUAAAUGUAUCUUUUCAAAAAUAAAAAUCCUCAUGGACUGCUCUAAUUAUCAGUAGUUAUUAUGAGUUUUUUUAAAACUGAUUACGGAAUGGCUAUCAGAUUAUAAAAAAAUGGAUAAUAUAUCGAUAUACUUACAUCAGAUCCAAACGUUCUCAAGCAAUUGCUGUAGUACAAGUGUCUUCAAACAACAUUCCACGAUGAAUUUAGUGUUUCAAAAAUGAUAGGCAAAGGGAGCUUUGCUAAAGUUUAUCUAGCAGCCAAGAAAUCUACAGGGGUUUAAUUUGCGAUAAAGGCAUUUAAUAAGGAGUUCAUGCUUGAAUAAUCUAGAGGAAAAGAAAGCUUAGAGAAUGAGAUCCGGGUUAUGAGAAGGCUUAAUCAAGAAAAUCUAGUACAUUUACACGAGGCUUAUGAAACUCAAAAUUCAAUCUAUUUUGUUCUGGAUCUAUUAGAAGGAGGUGAAUUAUUAGAAAGAGCUAAGAAUAUUCCUUACUCAACAGAAUGUUUAUAAAAGUUGAUGUACAAUUUUAUAAAAGCGCUCGUACACAUUCACAGUAAAAAGUGUAUUCAUCGAGACUUAAAACCGGAAAACUUAUUAUUAAAAAAUAAAGAAUUCUCAACCGAUAUUGUUAUUGCUGAUUUUGGAUUAGCAACUUUUCUGAAUGAAUAGAUCAUAUUUAAAAGAUGUGGAACUCCUGGAUUUGUUGCACCAGAGAUUUUAAUAUAUAAGGAAGAUGAUCCUUUUUAUGACGAUAAAUGUGAUAUAUUUAGUGCUGGUGUGAUAUUCUAUAUCCUACUUACUGGCAAGCAACCUUUUUAAGUGUCUGAUUAUAAAGCAAUCUUAAGAUCAAAUAAAAACUGUGAAAUUAAUUUCAAUAUUAAGCAAAUAUAGUAGGUACCUUAAUAUCAUAAAUUAGUCUUCCCAAAAACUAUAGGAAUUGUUAAGAAUGAUGCUCUAAUAAAAUCCGAAAGACCGGCCUAAUGCUGAAUCCUGUUUGUAACAUCCUUAUUUCAAAGAAAUCUUUAAUAAAAAAGACUUAUUAGAAAUUCAGGAAAAUCUAAUUGAAUAAAAUUAAUAUCGAUUAUUAAAAAAAGGUAGUUUUGAUAGUUAAGUGGGAUCCAUGGAAUUAAUGAUUAGAUCUCCUGUCUUAAAUGGCCGCAUUGAUACAGUCGGAUCAUUUUCAAAUGGUUCAGCAUUAGGGUCAUCAACUCGUUUGGAAAAAUCGCAAUUCCAACAACAAUAAUAUCAAUCUAAAUUUAGUCAAUUCUGUUAAAACAUGAAGAAUGUUCAACAAGAUUAGAGUCCUCAAGCUUCUCCUUUGAUUAAAAGAAAAGAUUCGCAAGAUCUUCAUAAAUUUGCAUUGAAAAACUCUUACUAGAAAAAACAAUUGAGCAAAGAUGAUGAUUAUGCCAAUGAAGAAUCAGCCCAUUUAGAAAGUACCUUAUAAUAAUUAAACUCUUAAACACCUAAAAUUGGCUUAUUAAAAAAGAGUGCUUCCUUUAAGGUGCCAAAAACAAUAUAAGAAUGA